GAAUUACCAAGCUUCAAACAAUAUGGGCCUUCAGGCAAUGAGGAGUUAUCAUUCCCUGAGUCACCCUCCUCUGCUUUGACUUCGUUAUCGUGACCGUAGAUAAAAGCUAACAAGAAAAAAAAAGAAAGGAAAGGAAAAGAAAGAGAAAGACACAGAAAGUCAACUUCUAGCGGUGGCUUUUAACAAUGAAUGAUCCUGGACCAUGAAACGCAGUCGCCUUGAUUUUGAAGCUAAUGGCGAUGCAUCAUCCGCCCCCCCUCCACGGGGUGUUCUGCUCCAUCCUGCGCCGGAGGCAGACUCUCGACAGGGAUCGGUACACAUACCGAAGAUAUCACGACGAAUACGUGCAUGUACCGAAUGCAAAAGGCAUAAAGUUCGAUGUGAUAUGAAGGCAGGAGAGUCGGUCUGCUUCAGAUGUUGCCGCAUGGGUCUAGAUUGUGUCGUUAAUAAGAGUCUCCAGACACUGCUAGACGAUGAAGCCGAAUGGAAGACAACGAUAGAGCAUGCAAUGACUGAUUUACUCAGAAAGGCGCAAUUGCCGGAGCUCUCAUACUACCAGGCGGUCGGCAAGUCAGCGGAAACAUCACACAAGAGAAGCGAUCGGCGAGGGUCCACGGUAUCUACGGAGGAUAUUGUACAUGUCUCAAGGGGCGACGUUAGAAGAACAGAUGCAGUCGAGACAGAUGCUAUAUCGCCAACAGGAGAAUCCCACCCAGGCUCCCACGCCGCCCAGCAGCGAUCGCAAACUGCUAUCGAUAGGGAAGAGAAACUAUUGGUCACUGCUCCGAUGGGCAGCUUGUAUGAGGUUACCCAGUUGAGCGAUAUUCACGAAAGUACCCCUAAGCGGCAUCAUAUCUCGGACCGUGACACCGACCUUAUUUCGAGAGGGGUUGUGGACUUACAAGAAGCGGAGGAAUUGUUCUACUUCUUUGAUCAAGUACUCAAUCGCUAUCUCUGGGAUGGUAUAGCUCUUGUGCACAAGGACCUUACAUCUGUCCGAACCUCUUCUUCCAUGUUGUCUGCUGUCAUCCUCACAGUUACAGCCUUACAUAUGCCUAACAAAGAAAGUCUUUUUGAUACCUGCUACACCGAAUUCGCGAAAUUGGCAUCGGAGUCAAUGCUUGAUAGACACCACACUCUGGAUGACUUACGCGCAUUAUGUAUAGGCGCAUUUUGGCUUGCAGAUGUCAGUUGGAAGCUCUCAGGGUACGCAGUUCGUAUUGCAACCGAGCGCAAUCUACAUCAGUCAUACAGGAAGGCUACCCAAGGUUCACCUGAGCACCAAGAACAAGCGAGACUAUGGUACCUCCUCUAUACUCUGGAGCACCACUUUUCCAUCGCUUAUGGCCGACCACCCAUAAUCCAUGAAGAUAAGAGUAUCACCAAUCAUAACACAUUUAUAAUGUCUCCCACAGUGACACAAUCCGACCUACGGUUGCACAGUCAGGUGGACUUGUUUAUUACUCUUACUCGUAUAUACCACGCUUUCGGUCCCGACGUCGACUUGGAAGUUCCUGAAAGCGAAUUUGCUACAAUUGACAAAUUUGACACCGAUAUUGAAGAAUGGCAAUCUGCGUGGUUACCCCGUUUAGCCGGAAGCCGUUAUGUUGGUGCGUAUCCUUAUAAAGCCGUCUACCUACACUAUCAUUUUUCCCGCUUACAGCUGAAUUCCGUUGCAUUGCGGACGUAUCAUUGUUCACUAUCAGCGCGCCCCUUAUCUAACGAGCGAAAGAAGCGUGCAAACCUGGCCAUUGAGUCUGCCAUUGGCACGCUAUUGGUCGUUUUGGACGAACCUGACAUCCAGAGGGCUUUGGUGGGUGUUCCGCUGUAUCUGCAUAGCAUGAUCACUUUUGCUGCUGUAUUCCUGUUGAAGAUUGCAGCAAGAAGCUGUUCCAGCUGCAUUCCUAGUAAACCGGGAAAGCAGAAUUCUAUUGCAUCAGCGGGUUUGUCCAUUGAUAUUGCAUACGUGCGGGCUUUGGUCGGACGGAUUAUCGAGUUGAUGGUUUCAUGUAGUAAGCGAGCUAGUGAGCGCCAUCUCAGUCACCAUAUAGCCCGUGGCCUGAGAAAAAUGCUCACAGGGCUUGAGGAGUGGGAGAAAAGGAAUUCGCACAACGGCCAGACCACAGGACAGAGAUUUCAUGGCUCAUCUUCAAGCUUAAUAUUCAAGCCGAUAAUUAUUCCAGGGGCCCAGCCGCUGGGCGAGCGGGAUAAUAUAUUGGGCCACCCGCCUCCGCUAUUAGGCAUAGCUCCCCUGUCUGCUGAGAGAGGUAGUGGGGUUGACCCUGCUGUGGCACAAUCCAACCAACAGCCAGGUCUCUCACAGGGGUCCGUGGAUCCUAUGAUGGCUGACCUGUGGGGCUUCGACGAGGACUAUUUCCCUACAGGGGUUUUUGAUUUUCUUCAAUCCCAAAUGCCGGCCUAAUGCAGCCCGUCAGCUUCGCAGGAUACUGCUGUGUGAUCUAUAGGCAUAUCUGUCGAGUUCUUGAAGGCGACAUGCUGCAGAAUGGCCGGGCCUUUACCAACUCUCGCACCCUGGGCGCUUAGCUUUACUUAUUGGGGGAGAUGAUGUUAUACUAAUUAUUAACUGGGAACGCUGGAGCGUUCAUACAAAGUAGAAGCACUAGUUACGGAUAAUGCUUCACGGUUUUUCAGGCCGAUGAGCCAACUGGGUAGAUAUCCUGAUGUAUUGUACAUAAGAGUCGAGGAGUGAGCAAUUUGACUUGAUGUCAGGCCGUCGUGUAUAGCAUAACGUGGAUGGCAAGGUGCCCACGAGCCAAGCAACAGAGCACUAUAGUACUCAGUAAGGUAUAGCGUGAAGAUGGCGAAGUUCUCUUUUCUUCAUUGGAAAACACCGCCGGCGAAAACAGAAUAUGAGCCGAAGCCGAUACCAUAGUACUACAAAGUAUGUACGAGGCGGCUAUUGCCCUGGGUUUGCGGAAAGUGGAUGCGGAAGUAUACAAACCAUGGAGACCGACAGCCGGGGCGAUUGCCGAGGUCAAGCCUUCCCUUUGGAGUUCCGGCGAAUCAAACAGCUUCCCCGCAACAUCUAGUUAGUAUUUCUGUUCACAUC